AUGGAAGCCCUCCGUCGGGUCAAACGUAUCACCGGUCAACGGAAAAAAGUCGGCCACGCCGGCACCAUGGACCCCCUCGCCAGCGGCGUUCUGCCCAUCUGUUUCGGGCAGGCCACUCGCCUCAUGGAACAGGUCGUUUCCGGGCGCAAACAAUACCGAAUGACGGUUCGCCUGGGAGAAUCAAGCACUACCUACGAUGCCGAGGGAGUGAUCACUCAGGUUGCCGAUCCGGCGGGACUAUCCCACCAGGUUAUUCACCAGGCUCUGCAGAGCUUCAUCGGCUUGAUACCGCAGAUCCCGCCCAUGUUCAGCGCCCUCAAAGUGGACGGACAGCGCCUGUACGAUUUGGCGCGAGCCGGCAAGGAGAUAACCCGCCGGCCGCGCACCAUCGAGAUUUUCAGCAUCACCAUAGAUUCCCUAAACCUGCCCGAUUUAGAUCUAACGAUAGAUUGUGGUCCCGGCACUUACAUGCGUUCCGUCGCCCACGACCUGGGUCAGAUGCUGGGGUGCGGCGGGUACGUGACCGCCCUGACCCGCUCAUCGUGUGGCGGUUUCGACGCAACGGACAGCGUUACCCUGGAGCAACUGGAAGACCUUUCUCCCGCUUCCGAAUGGCAGAAUCUCCUCCAUCCGCUGGACUGGCCGGUUCGCGCUUUAUCCACGUUAACGGUCAGCGAAACCGAAGCUGCCGGAGUGCGGAAUGGUCAGCCGGUGCCGACCCUGGAUAACCCUCCGGAGCCAUUCGGCCCCGAUGACCAGAGGCGUGUGUACGACCCCAAUGGUUUGUUCCUUGCGUUGGCCAGGUUCGACGCCGAGCAUGGCAGGUGGCAACCAACACGGGUUUUCGACAGCCGGGAACCAUCCCCAUUCGCUGGUAACGCGGGCUAA